GGGAGAACGUGCGUGCCGGUAGGGAAGUCCGUAGCUGCGUCUCUCCGUUAAUUCGUGCAGCAAGGCCCCGGGGAUCCGGUACCGGUCGCGGCGAUGGCAUCCAAGCCUGGGAAGGACACCGAGCGAAGCUGCGUGCUGUGCUGCCAGGAGAUAGAGAUAUUCGCCCUGGGGAAAUGUGAUCACCCGGUGUGCUACCGCUGCUCCACCAAAAUGAGGGUGCUGUGCGAGCAGAAGUACUGCGCCGUCUGCCGGGAGGAGCUCGACAAGGUUCUCUUUGUAAAGAAACUUGACCCAUUUUCAGCUAUAGCAACCCAGCACUUCCAGUGUGAGAAAAAGCACGAUAUUUACUUCAGCGAUGCAGAUAUCCACACGCAAUUCAGGCGGAUUUUACAACACGAAUGUCCACAGUGCCCAGAGUUGAGGGUCUUCAGCAAGUUUGAAGAACUGGAACAGCACAUGAGAAAACAGCACGAGCUGUUCUGCUGCAAACUCUGUGCAAAGCAUCUCCAGAUUUUCACUCAUGAACGCGAAUGGUACAAUCGUAAGGAGCUGGCUCGUCAUCGCACGCAAGGGGACCUCGAUGACACCUCCCACCGCGGACACCCUCUCUGCAAAUUCUGUGACGACCGCUAUCUGGACAACGAUGAGCUGCUCAAACACUUGCGGAGAGAUCACUACUUCUGUCAUUUCUGUGAUUCAGACGGUGCUCAGGAAUACUACAGUGAUUAUGACUAUCUUCGAGAACAUUUCCGUGAGAAGCAUUACCUGUGUGAGGAGGGGAGGUGCAGCGCUGAGCAGUUCACCCACGCUUUCCGCACAGAGAUCGAUUACAAAGCCCACAAGGCAGCCUGCCACAGCAAGAGCAGGGCAGAGGCUCGUCAGAACCGGCACAUAGAUCUGCAGUUUAACUACGCGAGCCGGCACUCGCGGAGGAGUGAGGGUGUACUAGGAGGGGAGGAUUAUGAGGAAGUGGACCGCUUUAACAGACACUCGAGGGCAGGGAGAGGAGGAGGAGGAGGAGGCGGCCGGGGAGGGCAGCAGAACAGGAGAGGCAGCUGGAGGUACAAUAGGGAGGAAGAGGACCGGGAGGUGGCAGCAGCGGUGCGAGCAUCGGUGGCGGCGCGCAGACAGGAAGAAAAGAGACCGGCACAAGAGCGAGAGAUCUCAAAACCUAAAGAAGAGGCCGCUGAGGCUGAAGACCUCCGGCAUGCAAGAGCACCAGCCAAGCCAGCCAGCGAAGCUGCAGGUCCCAAAGAUGCUGCUAAACCAGCCAGCAGUAAUGGUCCGUUAAAAGGUGAAGAUUUCCCUGCAUUGGGAGUGAUGGCAGCACCUAUUCCAAGCACUAAUACAGCAGCUGUGAAACUGAAAGAAGACGACUUCCCAAGUCUGCUGAGCAAGUCUGUAUCGUCCCCAAUGACCCCAGCGUACACUGCACUGCCCCGGAAACCUUCUGCAUUCCAGGAGGAGGACUUCCCUGCGCUGGUAUCCAAAAUCAGAGCUCCGAAACAGUGCAGCAGCGCUACCUCUGCCUGGUCCACCUCUUCCAACAAGAACAAACCAAGCCCUGCUGCCUCCCCCUUCCCCUCCUUCAACACCCCCACCCCCAGCUCUUCAGCUACCACUCAGCCAAGGAAGAAACCCUUGCCGGCGAGCAGUAAUAAAAGCAACCCAAGGAACAAAUCGUCUCCCGCUUCGGAUGAAGACGACGACCGCAGCGGGAAGACCACUCAGGAGAUCCGGAGCAUCCCGACCAUGCUGGAUAUCUCCUGUCUGUUAACAGGGAGAUCGGCGCCUCAAACAGUUUCCAAAGUGGGCAAAAGAAAGAUGAUGGGCGUGGAGAAGCAGAGUCCAGCCUUCGCAGCAUCGCCGUCUCCUGUGACAACCACCACCAACGUGACCCAAAAGGAGAACGUCCCAGAGUCUAAACAGCCACCUCAGAACAUCACAAGGCCUGCCAGUAACGCAGCUUCCAAAACAAACCUCCUGAUCAACGGUCAUUCUGAACAGCCUGCAAAGAACAGCAGCAUGCAAGUUACAAAGGAGCCGCCUGGACUCAAAAAGCAACUGGCAACGUUGCCCUGCCCACUGCCUGAAGAAGAAUUCCCUGCUCUGUUGCCUAAAAAACCUCCUCCAGGUUUUAACACAGCGUUUCCAAUGAAGGGAGGGCACUCCAGCCUUCCCCCUCCUCCACACCCAGGACUAGCAGCUCCCCCGAGCAAUCCUCCUCCUGGCUUCACUGGCAUUGCUUUGAGUGCAAAUGUAUUGGAGCCAGCCGUUCCAACAGUCAACGAACCAGCAUUGACAGCAGGGACCUACCUCGUGCCUCAGAAUUUCCAGCUCAGGAACAUGGAGCUCAUCCAGUCUAUAAAGAACUUCCUGCUGGACGAGGAGUCCAAGUUCAACCAAUUUAAAACUUUCUCUGGGCAGUUCAGACAAGGCCACAUGUCUGCAGUGCAGUACCACCAGAGCUGCAGAGAGCUGCUGGGAGAGAACUUCAAGAGGAUCUUCAAUGAGCUGCUGGUGCUUCUGCCUGACACGAGCAAGCAGCAGGAGCUCCUCGCUGCUCACAACCAGUGCCAGGCCUCCAACAAGCCCAAAAAGAACAAGAAGAACGCUUGGCAGACAGGCGGCAACAACAACUCCUCAGAGCUGGACUGUCGGAUCUGCCCCUUCUGCAGACAGGUCCUGACAGAGAAGGACUUCAUCACGCACAAGAGCCAGCACAGGCAAGACGACGACUUCCCUUCUCUCCAGGCCAUCAGCAAGAUCAUCAGCUAGUCCACAAUGUGCGCUCUCUUUACCAGCCUUGCAUCUGUGCAGCAGUGCAUGGGAUAAGAAACAUGCUGCUGGCAAUGGGGUGAGCAUUGCACAAGCAGAGCACUUAAGAGAUCAAAACAGAGAGGUUUCAGGGAACGGAGUCUUCCUGGGAAUGUGCUAAAGAGUUAUUAAUAAAGAUAACAAUUUUCUCGUGUUUUGUUUACAUUUUGUGAGGGUUGAGGGUUUACAUGAAAGACGUUUUCAGAAAGAUCUGUGUAAACAGUAUUACUGCUGCUUUUGAAGUUUGUUUGUUUCUGGAGAUAUAUUAUGCUGAACUGACAGUAAGGUUGUAAAAGGGUGCGUUCCAUGUUUACUUGAAAGGGGUGGGGGGUGUUACCCCCCCCCCCCAGUACCUGAAUACAUUUGCAUAUAUUAUAGAACACAUGACUCUAACUCUUGUGUAAAUUGAAGUGUACAGAUUCGAUUUCGCUAUUUAGUAAGUGGUUUCUGUUUGGUUUUAUGAGAGCACAGCUAGUGAUCUGUGCUUGUUGCACUUGGUACUGUACACAUUUCUAUUGUGUUCUGCCGUUCUAUUUUAGCAAGGCACAGUGAUUUAAUAGUUGAAAUACAUACUGGUGCUCUUGCAAGAUACUUGCUGGUAGAUGCUUUGAACAUACAGUAUUGCUAUCUAUCAGAAUUCUCUCGCUUUGAAAAUGUAAAAUCCUAGAUCCAUUUGCAAAUUAUAUUGUUAAUAUGUUAAAAUAUAGAUUAUUGCUUGAUUUCAUUGUGUGUCUUUCAGUGGGGAAAAUUGAGUUAGUGCUAGGUAGGUUAAUCGAUACUGUAAAACAUUGAAAUGUUUGCUGGUGAAACGCUCACUUAUUUUACUUUUAUUAAUCUGUGAAAUAUGCAUGCAGCAAAAUGAAUACAGUACAUGUAUGAUUUACAUGCGUAAAUUAUUUUUUGUUGAAACUGUGUCCAUGGUAAGACAUUGUUACAAAUAUUUCCUGUUUCACAGUAUGUACAAUCUGCGAUCAGACUCGCAUAUCUUAUUGAGACAGGAUUUGAAUUGAUGUGGAGUGCAGCACUGUGUCAUGGGUCUCAUUGGAACAUGCUCAGAUCAAGCUGCAGACCUUCAAAACGAGAUGCUCAAUCACAUGUGCAGAGCAGCCAAGCGUUUAAGAUUUGAAAAAAUUAUAAUAUCCUAGCUCAGAGCAGCAACUUUAUUUUUGUUAACGGAUGUUGUGGGCCACUGCAACACAGCAUUUCAGUUGUAUAGACUUGAGUGCACAGAUUUACAAAGGGACCUGCCUUGGCAUGAGUGGUGCAUCUAUUUUUUGUUUUAGUUAAUGCAAAAUAGUCAUUUGGUUUAAGUUUAACAACACUUACCAUCUUGUCUGUGUGCGAUUAUUUAUAUAUAUACACAAACACACACAAGUAAAGGGUUCACAAAUACCAGAAAUAUACUACAAAUGUUUUUUGUUUUUUUUUCAUAUUAAGGGUAGCAGUGAUACCUCGUGAGUUUGUUGGUUGGCUGCUAACUUGAUUCAACAGAAACCCAGGUGCUUUGGUGCAAAUAGGCAAACAUGUAAACUUGACUUUUCCAUGCAAAACUUAACUUGGAAAUGUAUUGUUGCAGUGCGGCACAGCGCAGCGGUUACCCCAAGACCAGAAUAGGGAAGGGGCUGUCAGUCAGUUUAGCAUUUGAAUGUGUUAAACUUGCAUUGUACAUUAUCAGAAAAUCUGUCACUUAUUUCUUUCACUUUGAAUGUUUUUUGUAAAGUUAAACUGAAGGCGUUUGUAUCAGAGUAAGGCUGAAGCAGUUGCUGAAUUACUUGUUUUUUUUCUGCUCCAGUCCCAUUACACUUUGAAACCUUUUUUUGUUCACCUUGAUUGUAAAUGAUUUUAUUGUGGUUGACCCAGUCCGAAAAGGGAGGGAGAGAGGUACUGAUUUUGCAGGUUUGUAUCCUUAGACGCUACAGUAUUGUCAGUUAUUUUCCAGCACAUCCCCUGCUAAUGCCCUUCACGGUUGCAGGGGACAGUUGACAGAACAGUUAAAAGUAAGCAAAUUCAGUAUCACUUUCAUACUCCAGUUUGUUCUCUUAUUUGCUUCUGCUUAUCUAAAUUAACAUUUUUUUUUUUAAAGCAGACAAAUGCUUGUGCCUCUUUUCUGGUUGUUUGAAAUUUGAGAAAAUAACUUUGUACUGUUGGUUUCAUUAGAAGCGUUGAGCAGCUCUCAGUGUGAGCUAAUUUCCACUUUAAGGCAUUGUCAUUCAGUGUAUUUUGUAAAAGAGCCAGUUGAAUGUGGUUUUCUCAUGCCUGGCUUCAUGUUUUGCUUGGAAUGCCUGGUUUUGUUUCAGUAGGAGAGCCACAUGCAUUUUCACAUAUAACAGUUCCUUACAAGGACCACAAACGGGUGCAUACUGUUUUUUUUUUUUAAAAACAUGUGCUGAAGGAGUCACAGGAUACUUGUAUUGUACACAUUAACCAGUUACAAAACUAGUCAUUCUCAACAAAGAUUGGAAACAUUGUUUCACUUUCCUGUUGCUGUAACAAUGCAGCAGUUUCAUUAACUGCAAACCAUUGAUCCAUGGAUGAAAAUGUUUUAGCUUCUGAGCUGACUUUAGACUUUAGACUUCUGUGAAAAUCUGCAAACUGCAAAAAAUGAUUCAAAAUACACUUGCCAGAAAUCCCAGCUGCUUAGUGCUUCUGUGCUUCACAUUCCAGCACUAUAGCUGUGCUAUUUCUUCAUAUUUAAUCAUGCCUCGAUGGUGGGUUAAAGCACUGACGUUUUCAAUCUCUGUCACAAGUCUCUGUAUCGCUGUAUCGAAUGGCCUUUGUGAGUUCUAGCACAUAUGUUGUACAAAUAAAACAGUUGCUCAUGUA